AUGGCAGAAGUAUUGAGGAAUUCACUUGCAAUCAUCGUCACCUCCAGUGGGUUUACUUGCCAAUACUACUCAUGUAGACCAACUGGUGGAUAUAGAAUCCAUUGCAGUUGUUUUCCGCGUUGCUUGUGUUAUAAUUCAACUAUAAAAACAAACAAAAAGCAAUUGAAAGGGCAUGGCGUAGAUACGAUUUCCUUGAGGGAGAAUGGGCGCUCUCAGUUUGAGGUCACUGGACAUAUAAUGAUGGAAAUGAAUUUGUUAUUUGGGUCUGAGAGGAGGGAUACUCCACGCAUUGUCUCAAACAUGGUUGCUUGCGUUCAGUCUGGUUUGGUUUGUGAGGAGGAUGAGGAAAAUAUGUUGAAUCAAAGAAGAAAAGAAGAAUUUGACCCUAGUUAUUUUGAACAGAAAUUUCCUCCUUUGGGAAAUUCAGAAAUUCACAAGAACCCAGAUUUUGAACAUAUAGGUGUUGCAGAGCCAUUGACGAUUUCAACAGGGAUAUCCAGUGAGUUUGAAGAUAAGUUGCAUUUUUUAGAGGAAAGGAAUGAACAGAUAUUAUCUAAAAGAAUAUUGAUGCUAAGCAGAUCCAACAAGGUCAGAAGUGUACUAGAGUUGUAUAGGACCAUGGAAUUUUCGGGUCUUCAACCCAGUUCACAUGCCUGUAAUUCUCUUCUUUCUUGCCUCUUGAGGAAUGAAAUGCUUGAUGACGCAUUGAGAGUUUUUGAGUCGAUGAAGGCAAAUGAGAGCACUACCGGGCAUAGUUAUAGCUUGGUACUUAAAGCAAUUGCAAAUAUUCAGGGCUAUGAUUCAGCUCUAAAGAUGUUCAGCAAAUUGGAGGUGGAAUGCAAAGUAAAGAAGGAUUUUGAUGUGAUUGCUUACACCACAAUGAUAUCAAUUUGUGGCAAAGUAAAUAACUGGGCUCAGACUGAAAGAAUAUGGAGAAGUAUGAAGGAAAAUGGUCUUGUUGGAACAAUUGUAACUUAUCGUCUAUUAGUUAGCGUUUUUGUUCGUUGUGGGCAGAAUGAACUAGCCAUUGAUGCUUACAGUGAGAUGAUUCAAAAUGGAUUAAAACCAGGUGAAGAUGCAAUGAAAGCUAUUAUUGGUGCAUGCGCAAAGGAAGGGAAAUGGGACUUGGCAUUAAGUGUUUUUCAAAGUAUGUUGAAUGUUGGUUUGAAGCCGAAUCUUAUAGCAUGCAAUGCAUUGAUUAACUCAAUUGGGAAAUCCGGGAAUGUCAAGCUGGCAUUCAGGGUUUAUGAUGUUAUGAAAUCUUUGGGUCAUACACCUGAUGUUUACACAUGGAAUGCACUGCUUGGUGCUUUAUACAGGGCAAAUCAACAUGCAGAUGCACUUCAUCUCUUUGAGAGCAUUAGAGAGCAGAGCUCUCAAGUAAAUUUACAUUUGUACAACACUGCUUUAAUGUCCUGCCAGAAGCUUGGGUUAUGGAAUAGAGCUCUACAACUUUUAUGGCAGAUGGAAGCUUCGGGACUAUCAGUUUCAUCUGCAUCAUAUAAUCUUGUUAUUGGUGCUUGUGAGGUUGCAAGGAAACCAGAAAUUGCAUUGCAGGUUUAUGAGCACAUGGUUCAACAACAGUGCACUCCAGACACAUUCACCCAUUUGUCUCUAAUAAGAAGUUGUAUUUGGGGAUCGCUUUGGGCUGAAGUGAAGGAAAUUCUAAAUAGGGCUGGAACAGAUGUUUCUCUCUAUAAUGCUGCUAUACAGGGGAUGUGUUUAAGAGGCAAGAUUGAAUCAGCAAAGAAGCUGUACAUGAGAAUGCGCAAGAGCGGCCUUAAACCUGAUGGGAAAACUCGGGCAUUGAUGCUUCAGAACUUACAGAAAGAUGCAAUUAGGCCAAGUAACAGGCGGAUUUCUCAUCCCAGAAGAUACUGAUAGAAGAAGACACAAGAAAAAGACAUUUCCCACAAUUAGUGUGUUAAAAAUGUCGCACAUUGUACCAUGUGGGUUGUUCUUAUACCAUACUUAAGCGAAGAACAGGUUCAAAGCCAUCAAUGUAAAUAAAUUAUUUAUUUUUAGUAGUAUCUUAUGUUA